GCAAUGAUUACUGCAACAUUUCUUUUGUUGCCAGUAGUCGUCAGCCAGUCGAUCAAAAAUAUUAGUUUCGGAUUUCCAAGUGCAUGGGAUGGAGACAAGUACCGCGAGCUGUACUGCCCUAGUAAAAACAUUCCCAAAUUCUUAGAUGGAUUUUUCCUCUGUCAGUUGUCAGCAUCGUAUGGAGACAUUGACGCUCCUCCAGGAAAAAGACUUAAUCACAUGAUUGAUGCAAUUGGAGCUAUUGGAUCUUUUCACAUAAGCAAUGGACAGGUCGUAUUCUCGUCCCAAUACUAUCCAUCACAACCGUACAAAAUCUGGGAGUUUUACGAUCGUAAUAUGACGAAGUCCGGAGUGCCAUGGGCUGGAUGGUCUGACUAUAACUUAACGUCGAUGUCCAAAUGGGAACAGGGUAUAUUCACCAUAAGUAGCAAAGGCGUACGUCGAGUAGUUGGUAUGUACGACUAUGGCGUAUGGGAUCCAAAAGCAUGCGGCAGGAACGACGAAUAUAUCGGAGACAAAACUUUGCUUCCCGGCUACAUACACUCAAUAACCUCGACGGAAACUUAUGUAGUUAUUCCAAUCACUUCGCUUCUGAUAAACCCAUGCAAGUUCAAAGAACCACCACCAACGAAUGCAAGGGAUUCCAUUCAGAAAGGUGGACUUUGGGGAAUGGACUUUUACGAUAUGGUUCCGCUAAGUACAGCAAGAGUUCUACGUUUCACUCUUGACCCUAAGCAGCAAAGAGUCAUGUACAACUAUCUUCUACCGCAAGAAACAAUCGCAGCAGAAUUUCCCCAAGUCAACCACAAAUACGAUCAGAAACCUUACCAAUGGGCUUAUAUCGUUGAGCAUCCGUUCGCUAGCAGUAACCGCAUUAUCAAGGUCAACGUGGACGAGCCUGCAGGUACUCGCAAUCGGGAAUAUAGAGCUGAACCCAACAUUGUUCUUCACGAGCCUUGGUUCGUUGCAAAACCUGAUGCAGUCAAAGAAGACGAUGGCGUACUUCUGAUUCGUGCUCUAGAUGUGCAUGAGAACAAAGGUGGCUUUAGGAAUACGAAUAUAAAGCUGAUAUUUCUUGGUGAAAUUAAGGAUGAUCCUAAAAAAAAGUCUACCGUGCACUUGCAAUGCUUUUCAGCAUGGUACUACACGAAAAGCUAUGAGGGAUAUCUUACGCUUAUCUUUGGCUUUACCAAAUGGAUGGCUCCGCUUGCAAAUGGGUACGCUGAACGAUUUCGCUUAGGAAAAGCUAACGAAGCAUUUCAAGCCGCCAACGCUCCUUCCGUAACUCCUAUUCUACGAGCGCAAAGGAGCAUAGGUUACGACAGAGACCCUGUCAGAACACAUUUGCCCUCUUCAUAG